AUGAGACUGCUGAUAAGACGCGACAACUCUAAUGGCAACAAUAGCUCAGAGGAAAGUAACUCAUUCGGAACCGGCAAGGAAAUUUUAGAUAACGAUAACGAUUUCAUGAUGGACAACGAAUACUACGACUAUGAAGAACUACGGAAGGCGCUCAUUGUAAAACGCAGAUUAUCAAGCAUUAAACGACCACAUGCACCUUAUAUCGAUUAUGAACUAGCCGUGGAUAAAAAAUCACUACUCAGACUACCUACAGAAGUUCUACUACAAAUUUUCCACUAUUUGGAGAGAAAAGACUGGUAUUCCCUAGCUACAACAUGCAAAGAAAUUGCCGACUUGAUUAUCGAAAUGCUUUGGUUCCGUCCAAAUAUGCAGAAUGACUCAGCAUUCAAGAAAAUUAAACAUGUAAUGGAACAAAACAAAAACAAAACGCAUUGGGAUUACCGCCAGUUCAUCAAAAGAUUAAACUUGUCAUUUAUGACAAAGCUUGUCGACGACAAACUACUCAAUUUGUUUGUUGGAUGUCCUAGGCUCGAGAGAUUGACCUUGGUGAAUUGUGCCAAGUUAACAAGAACUCCGAUUGCUAAUGUUCUACAAGGAUGCGAGAGACUUCAGUCAAUUGAUUUGACUGGAGUCACCGAUAUCCACGACGAUAUUAUCAAUGCAUUAGCUGACAACUGUCCUCGCUUACAAGGCUUGUAUGCUCCAGGGUGUGGCAACGUUAGUGAGGCUGUGAUUAUCAAAUUACUACGAAGUUGUCCAAUGUUGAAACGACUCAAAUUCAAUUCCAGCAGCAACAUUACCGAUGCUAGCAUUUUGGCAAUGUAUGAAAAUUGCAAGUCCUUGGUUGAGAUUGAUCUCCACGGAUGCGAAAAUGUUACUGAUUUGCACUUGAAACGAAUCUUUUUAGAGUUGACUCAAUUGAGAGAGUUUAGAAUUAGUAAUGCACCAGCAAUCACUGACAAAUUAUUUGAGUUACUACCGGAAGGCUUCAUUAUGGAAAAGUUGAGAAUCAUUGAUAUUACUGGGUGUAAUGCAGUAACAGAUAAACUAGUUGAGAAACUUGUUGCUUGUGCACCGAGAUUGCGCAAUGUUGUUCUAAGCAAGUGUAUGCAAAUCACUGAUGCAAGUUUAAGAGCAUUGAGCCAGUUGGGAAGAAGCUUGCACUAUAUCCAUCUUGGACAUUGUGCAUUAAUUACUGAUUACGGUGUUGCGGCAUUGGUGCGUUAUUGUCAUCGUAUCCAGUAUAUCGACUUGGCGUGUUGCUCGCAGUUAACCGACUGGACAUUGGUUGAGUUGGCAAAUCUUCCUAAAUUGAGAAGAAUUGGUUUGGUAAAGUGUUCAAUGAUCACCGACUCUGGAAUUUUAGAGCUUGUUAGGCGUCGUGGCGAACAAGAUUGUUUAGAAAGAGUCCACUUGUCAUAUUGUACCAACCUCAAUAUCGGUCCUAUAUAUCUAUUACUCAAGAGCUGCCCAAAACUCACUCACUUGUCGCUUACAGGAAUCUCGGCGUUUUUAAGAAGAGAAAUUACUCAGUAUUGUCGAGACCCACCUCCUGAUUUCAAUGAACACCAAAAGUCUUUAUUUUGUGUGUUUAGUGGCCAUGGAGUUAACCAGCUUAGAAACUACCUUACUCAAGUGAUGGAAGAGAGAAGUUAUCAACUAGACCAAGGGGAUUUACAUACAUUAUUCAAUGAACGCAGGCGUCGUUUCCUUAAUGGUGAUUUAGAAGUUGAUGACGACGAGUUAAAUAUUUGGGAGAGACGUGGUUUGGGCAUUCCGAAUUUGAAUCCUGAGUUGGCUGAAAUAAUCUUACAGCGAAGACAGGGGAACAAUUUAUUGCCCCAUAGACUUCCUAUGGAGAUGUUUAGGCGGAAUGAAGAGAUGCAACAAAUGGCACAACAAUUUGAACAACCAAUGACCCGAGUUACAACAGAGUUUCAUCAGCCACUACAAGUACAGCAACAACAGCAACAACAGCAACAACAGCAACAACAGCAACAACAGCAACAACAGCAACAACAGCAACCUCCGCCUCCACCCCCUCAACGAAUUCAUGCCAGACAUCUUCCACAACCUCCUGCAGCUCCACCGAUGCCUGCAGUUGCCGUUAUGGAACCUAUUCAACCUACUCCACCAAUGGGCAAUCAGCAGGGAGGGGAUGGUGGCAAUGAAGAUGUGGAGAUGGCACCUGCUGAUUUGUUUCCUCGGAUGUGA